AUAUCUUUGGAACGCCUGUUUUGCACAAGCAAAUGAGACAAAUAUUCCCUGCGCUAGGGGUGUGUGCAAUCGAAACCUUAGUCAGAUAAUCUCUUUUUCCUUAUGGUAAAGACGGCAUCUGACUGAUGAGCAGGGUGGCGAGGCCGCCGAGUGAGGCAGUGGUGCAGACCUGGGAAACAGAGGAGGAUGACAUGGCAGAAGGCGAUUUAGGGUAUGGCCACGGAAGAAGGCCCGGCAGUGUUUAUGAAGUGCAAGCUUCACAUUUAUUUACAUCUAGGAAAAGAUCAGAUGGAAAGAACUUUAGCCCUCCCCCAUUUAUGAGAAAUGGGGAAGAAAAAAGUGGUGCCAUUGUUCAGUAUUCCCAGCAUAAGAGCUUGCAAGAUACAUCUCCUGAAGGGUCCAGAAUUUCCCAUUACAGACGACAAAGUAGCACCGGUUCUAAUUCAGAAUUGUCAAAUGUAGAAUUAAAGCAACGUCUUCAGGAAACUUUAGAGGAGGUAGAAAUUUUAAAAACUGAACUUGAGGCAUCUCAAAGACAACUUGAAGGUAAACAGGAAGCAAUGAAAAUUCUUCAAAGCAUGGCAAUAUUUGGCAAAGCCACAAGUCACACCCAGGCAGUGCUUCAAAAAACUAUGGAACAAAAGAGAUCCUUGGAGAAGGAAAUAAAUGCCUUGCAGUGGGAAAUAGAAUUUGAUCAGAAUAGAUUUAAAAAUAUAGAGGAAUCUUGGACCCAAAAAUAUGACAGGCUAAACUGUGAAAAUGCAGUCCUCAAAGAAACUUUGAAACUGAAAACAGAAGAAAUUAAAAUGCUGAAAUCUGAAAAUGCAAUUUUGAAUCAACAGUAUUUGGAGGCCCUCGCCAUGCUUGAUAUCAAACAGCAGAAGAUGGCUCAGGAAAACACGUGCCAUGAUAAAAGUGGCUUCUCAGAAGUUAGAGGUCUUGAGCUUGCCAUCCUUGGAGCCUGCCUUUGUCAUGGUCCCAGAGGGAGCCCCUGUUCCUGUGCCAAAACCGCAGUGACUGCUCGGAAAAUGCUUCUGCAGCUCAAACAAGAGUUGGAACUUUUGCAGAAGAGUAAAGAAGAAGCUUACAUAAUGGCAGAUGCAUUCAGAAUUGCAUUUGAACAACAAUUAAUGAGGAAAAAUGACCAGGCACUAAGAUUGACACAAAUGGAUAAAAUGUGUAAAAAAGCAACAAAAUGGAUAAAUUGGAAGCACCUUAAAGAGGAUGGAUUACCAUCACAAAGGAGUAAGAAGACCUUAGGGCAGAAACUGUUGGGUAUGCUCCCUUCAGAAAACAGUUCUAGGAGGAUUGAAGAGCAGGAUAAUCCUCAGGAAGGCUUUACGAUGCUAAUAGAUUUGCUGAAUGAUAAAGAAGAAGCUUUGGCUCAUCAAAGAAAAGUUAGCUAUAUGCUUGCUCGGGCACUGGAAGAAAAAGACACUGCUUCAAAGGAGAACAGAGAAAAAAAUCCUCUGGAAGACAAUUUUCCAUUAAAAAACCCUUGGCAGAAAACUUCAGAAUUCUCUGUUUUGCAUGAUCCUAUACAUUCAAGUGCUCAAAUUUUUAAUUCUGUGGGCUGCAUUUGUUCAGUCCAGUGCCUUCAUACAGAUCAAAACUACACAAGAACUCUUAAAAGAUCCCGUUCUUUGCCAUCAAAUAUCAUGUUUUGAAGACAAACCAGUUGAAAUUAGAACUGAGAGCUAUUUAUACCAACAGACUUUGAAAAAGGAUUGUGUAAAUGUUGCCACAUAUUCAGAAGUUGUAUGGUUUCUGGGUAUUUCUAAAUUUUAGGAGGCAGCUUAAAUACUCCAACAUUUUCUACAAGAAAUUUAUUAGUAUUUUGUGUUGACAUACUUUAUUUAUAAAUUACUAUAUUUUAUGAAAUUUUUAGUAUUUGC